CAAAGCAUUAAUUAAUAAAUAGAUUUAAUUAAAAAAAGAGUGAAAUUCAUAUAAACUUAAAGAAAAUGGUGUAUUUUAACUUUUUAAAAUCUUGCUAAGACACUAUUCUUUCUAUAAUUGAAGAUAAGCCCAGGUUUGAAAUACCAAAAAUAGUUUUCAAAUUUAUAAUCCUCAUAUCUUAUUUGCAAAUAUUGAUUUACUUAUUCAGCGAUUUCCAAAUGGUAACAAUUGAUGAAAGUAAGCUAAAGUCAUUUUUUUAUAUUUGCGAAAUGGUUUCCAUAGUAAAUAUUUUAAAUUUGAAGCGAAACGAUAAUCUUUCGAUUACAGUUUACAUAAUUGCUCAUAUAAUUUUAUUUCUUUAUUUUGCAUAUGUAGCUAUUUUAACUCUUUGUAUUGAAUAUCUCAAGGAUUUUUAUAAUAAUCAUUAUUAAACUUUCUUGAAAAUAAACGAAUUAUUGAACCUAUAUUUUACCUUCUACUUGAAUGUCUUUCUUUCUUAGUAUAUAGAGUUGAAUUGCUCAUUACUGUUUUGCAGCUAAAAAAGUAUUUUUUCAAGCUAAUAUACUCACUUUACUUCUAGAUCUUAAUGUGAGGUACCUACAUGGUAAACUAUAUUAAGUAUAAUUGGGAUAAGUUUGGCAAUAGCAACAGCUUUUAUAACAAGCUAUUAUUUUAGAAAUUAUGAAUUUCUAGAAAAAAAUGUUUUGAAAAGAAAAUCAACUUUUCUUUUUUAAUUUUUGAUUACAAUAAGAAUUAUUAUCCCAUUUAUUGAUUUUAAUGGAAGUAUAUAAGGAGCUAAAUAGGCGAAGCAUGUGUUAUCUCAAAUUUAUGGUUGCGUAAGUAUUAUUGACUAUUUUCUAUCUAUACCUUUUACAGACUAAGAUAUUUCUAAGUUUUAUUUAGUUAUCAUUGCCUAUUUCGAAGGCAUUGUUACAUGCAGUAACUUUUAUUUAUUAGGUCGAAAUAUAAAUGGUUAAGAGAUGUUUUACAUGUCUAUCUUAAGUACUUUAGUGUUAAGUGUUACCCUCUAGUAGGCCUUAAAUUUCUAGUAUGAAAGUAUGUUGAAAAGAAACUGGGUUUUAGAAAAGAUUAUUCCUAAUUUAGAUUAUUAUCUAGAAUAGAUGGUUGUUUUAGGAGAGAAAAGUAUUUACAAUGAAGAAGCUAAAGUAAAAAUUCAAAAAGCAUAUAAAUUACAUAGAAGCAAUUGUAAAAUAGUAAAUUGCAUUUGUCUCAAAUAUCCUUGCCUUAAUAUGAAAAUAAUCAAUGACUCCUCUAUAAAUUAAAAGUAAGAAAUAUUCAGAGAAGCAACUGACUAAGAAAUUGGUCAUUUAAUUUAAAGCGAAAUCAAUAUUAAAUUAAUUUACAAAUUUGUUGAUGGAAUAUUUUAGUGGAUGUUUUCACAGAAAUGUUUGAGUUAGAAUACUUAAGAAUUUGAAAAGCUUUCUUUAAAAUAUAUCUCUUUUAUGAUGAAAUACUAGAAUAAUCAAGUAAGGGCUUACUAUGAAUUAAAAGUAUUACAACUAAGGAAGACAUCUUUUUCUAUAUACUUUAAUACGAUUGCUAAUAUAAUUAGCCAAAAGAUCUAAGAUAACAUAGAAUCCUAAAUUGAUUAAGUAGGUUCUCAAAAUUUGAAAAUGUUUGGAGAUUAAAUAAAAAAUAGUAGAAACUCGAAAUUGAGUAGGACAGUAAAAAAUGAGCUAACUGUGCAAUCAAUUAUAGAUGUUGAACAAAUAUGUGCGAAGUAUAUGCCCUAAUUUUUACAGCUCAUAGACCAUAAACAUGAGCUUUGGGUUAAAUUAUAAGAUGGAUACAAGUCUAUGAAUGACUUAUAAAUAGAUGCUAUUAAAUUAAUGAAAGAGCUUAAUUAAGUAAAAAGUACAUAUCUAAGAGCAAUAAAAAAAGCUAUAUAGAUAAAUCCUGAUAUUGAGAACAGUUUAUAAUUCUAAAAACUAACUUAGAUAUUUUACUUAUUUGUAGUUAAUGAUACAAUAAAAUCUAUCUAAAUAGAGACUCAGAUUUUAGAAUUAAAAAAGAGAGACACACUUGCUGAACUAGAUUAGCUAAAAAAUGUAAGUAUGAUUAAAGGUGAUAUAUGCGUUAUAGAAAUUAGUCUAUCUGAAAACCUAGGGAAAAUUGUUAGUAAAAAAGAUGAAAAAACAGCAUCAUUUUUUGGAUUCUCUUAAAAGCAAGAUUUUAUGAAAAUAAAUCAUAUCAACGACUUAAUGCCUAAUUUUAUAGGAAGAGUUCAUAAUGACUUAUUGAAAAAUUUUAUUUAAGGGUAGUCUAUUCGAUCAAAAAUGUAAGAUAAAACGAUUCUCUCACAUAUAAAACAAAAUGAUGGAUAUAUAUUUCCAGUAAAAAUCCACUUUGAUUUCUCAUUCAACACAUCCUCUCAAGAUUUUCGAAUGAAUGGAAUUAUCUUAAAAAAUAGAGCAGAGUAAGAUUAUAUUAUUUUUCAUAGAAGUGGUUAAAUUGUUGCUAUGACAAGACAUAUAGCUAAGAUCCUUUUCUAAGAAUUCAACAGGCUACCUAAUGGAGAUGCUGCUAUAUAAAAACUGAAUGCUUUAUUAAUGUUUCCUAAGAUAGUUAAAAAGAUCAUUAAAAAUAGGGAUUUGAUCUAUUAAGAUUUAACUGAAAAAAGCAUUUCAGAUUAAUAAUUUCUUGGUGAUUCAAAGGCUUCUGUUAAUACAAAAUCAAAAAGUCUCAGUACUAUGACAACUAUGAUUGAAGAUUCAUUUGGCUCAAUGAGAUUUUCUUCGAAUCCAUUUAAUGCAUAAAAAAAAUUCAUGAGAUUUCUAAAUUAAAAAGUUUAAUACUCGCAAGGAUCUCUGAAGAAUAACUACAGAUAUGAAGAUAUUGACUUACUUGAUAAAUCUAGUUUAAAAUUGCUUAAAUAAUAUGAAGACUAAAAUAUAGGUUAGAGCACGAACAGAAGUCAUCAUGAUUCAACAGAUAGGCUUUUAUCAGGAAAAGCAGCUCAAGCAAGAGAUUUACAAGAUACAGAUUUAUUUAAUAAAGCUAGAAUGAUCUAAACAACUAAUUCUCAAGUUUCUAAAUAAUAAAUGGAGUAUAAGAUGAUGUUUGAAUAUUAACUCUAAUAUUGUUUAUUAAACCAAAAAACUUAGCAAACGUAAACAAAAUACAAUAAUAAAUCAAUAAGCAGCUAAUUUACUAUGAAUACUAAACAAAAAGAGUACAAAGAUGAAUUCUAAGAUAUAUAUUUUUAAGUAAAGAUUGAGAAUAUAACAGUAAAAUAGUGUGAAAAAAAAAUUAAAUAUAAACCAAAAGAAACAUUCAUAAGAAAUCUAGUAAAGUAUCUUAGAUCAACUACUUCUAUUUUCUAGCUGAUAGACUAGCUAUAGGGUGUUAUAUUUCUUAAAAAUGUAUCUAAUUCUGCUGCUAUAGAUACAACUGAUGAGAUAAAAUUGAGUUCUUAAGAAAACAAUAAGUUAAGUAAUGACUCUACCUUAAUUGUAGAAUAAUUAGCUCCUCAAAAAUCACGUUCAGCAAGAGAAGAUUUUAAAGAUAUUCCUAAAAAUAUGCUUUAGUUAUUAUAAUCACAGCAGUAAGUUACAGCCUUUGAAGAAGAAUGUGAAGAUUGGGGUAAAGUAUAGAAAAAAGAAUAAAAGCGAGAAAAUAAGAACAAUUCUUCUUUUAAAAGUAGUGAUACUAGUUAAUUUGAUGAAAGUGAUGCUUAAAGUGAGGAUAUUGACUUUGAUAAAAUUUAUAAUUAAGCUAUUACCUAAAUUAGUAAUAAUAAGUCAAGUAAAGAAUUUUAAGAUUAGCACAACUCUUAGCUAGAAAAUUUAGUUUAAAACUUUUGUUCAUAGAAAAAUUAAUUAAUUCAACUUGACCCUAAUUAUUAAAUAAAAAAAAUAUUAUAGAAAAGAUCUCUUUGCUAUACUUUUAGUAAAGCUUUUGAAAUAGCUUUUACUGAAAGUGCUUUCAUUUUAGAAUAGGAAAGAAGGGAUCUAAAAACAAAAUUUUAAGUUAAAAAUCUAAAUUAUGAAUAAAUCUAUAAAGAAGAUAUAUAUUUGCCAAUGACUUUUAGAUAGUAAACAGACAAUUCAAUGAUUGAAUUAAGUAUGGAUAAAAUUCCUAUAAGAAAUCUGGCUAUAUUGGAUAGUAACACUCAAAGAGAUGGACAAAAAAAAGUUUUUUUGCAAGAAUUAAAAUCCUAGAAUUUCUUAAGCUAUUAAAUUAGUGAUAAUAAUUUAGAUUAAAGUUUUGUAAGUGAGUUAAAAAAUGUAUAAGAAAAUUAGGAUUAAAUAUUUUAAAAUGCUCUUGAAUAAUCAAAAUUGCAUGCAUUUAAUACUAGUAUAGACAUAUAUUAAAAAAAUGUUGACCAAAAGGAAAAAGAUUAGUCUUAUUUAGAUAUAUCAGCAAGACCUAUCUUAGACAAAUCUAACUCAUAAUUUUAAGAUUAGAACUAAAAGUAAACUUAAUCUAUAAUAAAUUAAAGUUAGCUUAAUCAUUAAAAGAAAAUAUCAUUCUAUUCAACAGAGCAAAUACUUGAAACUCAGUAAAAUGCUAAAGAAUAAACAAAGAGAUAUUAAAUAAAGAUAAAUGAACAAACUGAAAAGACUAUCUUUAAAUCUAAUUAAUAAAUAGACUAAAUUAAAAUUGUAAGCAGUAAUUCCUCAUAAAAAGAAUAAAAUGAAGAUGCCGAAGACUCAAAUAAUGUAGCUUAGGAAUAAGCAGUUGCUAAAAUUUUAAACCAAAAAGGAAUGAUUACAGGAAAAAAUAGCCUAUAAAGAGCAAGUGUAAAUUCAUCUUCAAGAACCUCCAGUAGUUAUGCAGGCAUAUUCUUAAAAGAAAUUUUGAUCAAGUAGAAGAUUCCAAAGUCAGCUUAGCAAUAUAAAUUUCUGUUAUUAAUUUUUCUGGUAACUUUUUUAUGCUUAGAUAUUACAAAUCUUAUAACUAUCCAAAAUGAUAUGCAGAGGUUUGCUAGUAAUGUAAUAGUAUUAAGAUAACCCCGUAGACUGUUAAGAGCUUAUGGUAAAGUUUUAUUCGGAUAUUAUCUUUCAUUAGAAGUGUAACUGGGUUAUUUAAUAGAUACUGAUAAUUCAAUAAAAACAACUUAUAAUCUAUAUAUGAAUAGUGCAAUUAACGAAUAUAAAAAUGUUUCUGAAACUUAUAAUACUUAAUUGAUGCAAUUACAACUACAAUAAUUAUAGGACUAGUAAGAUAGUUAGGAAUUAACUUAUACAGUAUAUGUUAAAAGAAAAUAGUAACUUUAGAACGUUUCAAAGGCUUUGUAGUUUUCCUUUUAAGAAUAAUUUAUCUAUUAAAUGAACCAAACAUUUAAAGACUAUGUUAGAGUAGAUUCUUUUUUAUAUUUGAGAACAAAUUAUUUUAAUUUUAGUAAUUAAAUCUUACAAUCUAUUAACUAUCUUGUUGAUGACACUAUUAAUUCAGUUAACAGUUUAAUAAACAAAUUUUACAUUGUCAUCAUUUGUGCUAUAUUUAGUAUAAUUUUAGUUGCCAUAAUAUCCAUUCCAGUACUUAAAUCUAUUAAUUUUUAUGAGGAAAAAAUUAUGAUGAUUGUUACUAGAAUAAACUAUGAUUAAUCUGAAAUGGAAAAAGCAAAGAUUCAAGUCUGUAAAUAACUUGUUAAUGUUGAUUAUAUAGACUGGCUCAAUUAUAACUACUUUGAUAUAUUUAAUAUGUAGGCCAAAGAAAACAGAGAUUUGAAUUAAUCUCAAUCUUCAAAACAUUAUUCACAAUAAAAUUAACUCUCACUUCUAAAUUCUAAAAAUAAAAUGAGGAGUACUGCAAAUGUAAAAUAAGCAAAAAAAUAAUUGUAAGUUUCUGGAGGUCAGCUAAUUGAAACCAGCAAUUUCCAAAUGAGCAGUACUUUAUAAAUGGGUAAAAGCUUCUUCUCAUCUCAACCAAAAAUCAAAAACUAACUUCAUUUAACUCAUUUUAACAAACAAAAAUAAGCUUUGUAAUAGUAAAAUGUUAGCAGAAGCGUAAAAAGUAAACAAUAUGGUUCUUCUAAUAAAUUUGGCUCAUCAGGUGGAAAUAAUUACACUCUUUAGUCUAGAAUAGGAGUAUAAAACUUGAGAAUAUUUGAUAGAUUCUUAACAUUGUUUAUAUUAACAAUUUUGAACACCAUAUUUUUUUUGAUUCUUAUCAUCUACUUAAGUUAAAGUGUUGAUUCACUUAAAGUCCCUGUAUAGAUGAAUUAAAGAAGUAUCAAUCUGCAUGUUAUCAUGGUAAAUCUAAAAAUUGCAACAGAACUUCUAUCUUUUGACUUUUAUGUAAGAGACAAUCUUUGGUCAGACUAUCAAGUAACUAAUCUAGAAGAAUUUUAUAAUUAAAUUGAUUAGAGCUUGAAGACACUUUAUGACAUUUAGCAAUAAAACACAGAUAUAAUAUAUGGUAAAAAUCCAUUCCCAUCUUAUAUAGUUUCGCAAUUAAAAGAUAUGUAAGAAGGGCGAGGUUGUUAAUAUCUUUCAACAUAUCCUUGUAAGGAUAAACAGUAAGUUCUAGGAAUUAUAAAUGCAAUAUCACAAAAAGAUAAGUUUGUAAGAGAAUAUCCUGAAGUUUUAAAUCCAACCAAGACUCCUGAAGAUUAAUUAAAAGUCUUUUUGAAUUCAUAACCACAUUUAGAAGGGUUUGUGUUUAGCUUUUUAAGUGAAGACGAGCUAUUUGAUGCCUAUAGUGCAGCAAUUAACUCUAGUAUAUCGAUUUAUGUAUAAAAAUCACAAAAAAGUGCAAAUCUCAAAAAAGUUGAAAUCGCAAAUCUCAAAUCUCAAAAUAUUUCCAAAUAAUACUUUUUUAUAAUAAAUGAACAAAAGUGUUAAAAAAUAAGAAAAAAUUGUAUUAACAAAUAUUUAAAAUACAUGAAACAAAUAAAAAUAUUGAGUAUUUUCAACAAAUUAAUUCAUUUGUUUUUAUUUUUAAAAGUACUUUUCUUAAUCCCUUAUUUAUUAUAUUAAUUAUCGUCUUUUUUCAAUUUCUAAUAUUUUUUCUAUGAUUUUUCUUUUUAGUUCUAAAACACAGCAUGAGAUUUGCACUUUUUUGUGAUUUGCACUUUUUUGUGAUUUUUAUCAAAACACCAGUAUAUCAACAGUUUCCCUAAGUAUAUAAACUUUCUUGCAAAAUUAUUUAAUAUAUGGAAUAGUUAUUUUUGGACUUAUCAUUAUGUUAACUAUAAUUACUCAUUGGAAUCUACUAUUCAUCAGAAUUUAAGAAAUGAACUUACUUCUCACUAUUAUUCCAGAAGAUAAAUUACAAGAAGAAGUAACACUUCAUAUGAUUCGCUAACUUCAUCGUAUGUGAUUAAAAAAUAGUAAAAAUUCUUUACUAAGUUUAAAUUGAAAGUACAUUUGAUGUAACUAAAAAUAUUUCAAUAAAAAUUAGACUAAAAACUUAAAGAUAUUAAUAUUAGCUUUUUUAUAUUAUAUAACUAAUUUUGUUUUAUUUUUUGAAACAAGUAUUAAUA